ACGUGACCUCCUGCAGCUUCCAUCCUCCAGCAUGGCCGCUGUGUGCCUUAGACCGGGGCUGGCGGUGCUGCGGGCGGCGGCUCCCUGGAAGCCAGCAGCGGUGGUCGCGGCUUGUGGAGAGGCGUCUCGACUAAUACAUACCAGUUCCACAGUACAGAGGAAAAAUGUUGCAGCCUCGGGACCUGAAAAGUACACAGAGGCUUUUAUUAAAAAACAGAUUGAAGAGUUCAACAUUGGAAAGAGACAUUUAGCCAACAUGAUGGGAGAGGAUCCAGAGACAUUUACCCAAGAGGAUAUUGAUAAAGCCAUUGCCUAUCUCUUUCCCUCUGGAUUAUUUGAGAAGAGAGCCCGGCCACUUAUGAAGCACCCUGAUGAGAUUUUUCCAAAGCAGCUGGCAAUUCAGUGGGGAGAAGACAAGCGUCCAUUCCACUUUCUAUACUACACUGGCAAGCAGGCGUUUUACUCAUUACUGCACGAUGCACAUGCAAAGUUUCUCUCAAUUCGAGCAUAUGGAGAAGAAGUCAAGAGGAAAGGCUUAAGUGCGGAAAAUGAGAAACCAGUGAUAGACCUCGCUGGCAGAAGAUGGUUGAUUAAGGAAGAAUUGGAGAGCCUGCUAGUAGAAAAAUUGACUGACCAAGACUACCUGUAUUUUCUCCAAACGAUGGGACGCUUGGUGAGCCUGCCACACAGCAGCAUUGAGGAAGACUAUGCACAGAGAUACAGCAAGAAUCUGGAAAUCCAGUCCAAAAAGCAGACCAUAAGUCCUCUGCAGUAUGAUGAACAUGGAGUAGCAUUCAGCACAGGGGAAGGCAACAGGAAAACUGCAGUGGCAACAGCUAUAGUACGGGACCAAGGAAAGGGAAAAAUCACCAUCAAUGGACAGGAGUAUUUGGAUUAUUUUACAGUACUUCAAGACAGGGAGCAACUCAUGUUCCCGUUUCAGUUUUUAGACCGAUUGAUGAAGCAUGAUACAGAAUGUACAGUGACGGGUAGUGGAAGAUCGGCACAAGCCGGAGCCAUCCGUUUAGCCGUAUCAAGGGCCCUGCUCAGUUUUGUCUGUGAAAAAGAAAUGGAGGCCAUGAGACAAGCUGGAUUACUCACUGUAGAUCCACGCAACAGGGAAAGAAAAAAACCAGGCCAGGAGGGUGCCCGCAGAAAAUUCACAUGGAAGAAACGCUAACCAGCUGCACAGAUGUUGGAAGUAAUAGCUGCAGCAGUUCAAGAAGCCUGGCUGUAUUAUAGCUUGUUUUUUUUCUAAUAAAAUAGUAAUAUAUAA